AUGGAUAAGAAUCAACAAACUGCACGUGAUAAUACAAUGGAACAAAGGGCACAUACUGUCCAAGCUGCUGAUAUGAUGCAAAAACUCUACAAGUUGUUUAUAGAAAAAGACUGUACGCAAGUAGAAAUUAAUCCAGUGGCAGAAUCUACCGAACAUGAAGUAUUAUGUAUGGAUGCAAAACUUAAUUUUGAUGAUAAUGCAGAAUUUCGUCAAAAAGAUAUAUUCGCAUUACGUGAUACAUCACAAGAAGAUUCUC